GCUAGGACGGACCUGUGCCCAGAACCCAGGACCUCGCUCAGAGGAGCCCGUCCGCAGGGUGAGACGGAGCCGACCGCCUCCUCACGGGCACAGGCUGCUUCUGAGCUCAGCGGCCGUCUCCUGCCCUGGGGCGGCUCCCUGGGGGCCCUGCGGGCAGCUGCCCCUCCGGAAUGAGAGUGACCACAGGGGACCGGCCUGGACCACGGCUGUGACGGAGCGAGGACAGGGCCCGACCUCACCCUGAGCCGCCGGGAUGCAGCGCCGGGCCCCGAGCUUCAGGCCCCUCCUGCUCUGGCUCCUGCUGCCCUGGCCAGGCGCAGGGCAGUUCCAAGUGAAGGGACCAAGCUCACCAGUCAUUGCCCGUGUGGGAGAAGCGGCUGUGCUUCCCUGCCACCUCAGCCCACCCACGGAUGCUCAGAACAUGGUGGUCAGAUGGUACCGAGACCGUCAGUCAGUACUGGUGCACGAGUACAGGGAUUCUCUGGACCACAUGGAACAGCAGAGUCUCCAGUACCAAGGGAGGACAGAGCUCCUGAGGGAGAACAUCACGCAAGGCCAGGUGGCCCUGAGGAUCCAUCCCGUCCUCCCUGGAGAUGAAGGGCAGUACAGCUGCGUCUUUCUAAGAUCCGCACAGCUCAGCCGAGCACAGUUUGAGCUGCUUGUUGCAGCCUCAGGUGCCCCUCCUCAUAUCCACAUUCAGCCUGCGCACACUGGGAGCAUUAAGAUGACCUGCUCGUCCUCGGGGUGGUACCCACACCCUGAGCUCCAGUGGAGGGACACACAAGGACGGCCCCUGUCACCUGACUCUGUGAAGAUGUCCAUUCGAGAAGAUGGCCUGAUGCAUGUGGACAGCUCUAUCACAGUGGAGGAAAGCUCCAGAGCAGAUGUGUCCUGUUCCAUCAGGAACCCUGUGCUCAGAGAGGAGAAGGAGUCGCGUCUCUCAGUGGCCGAGGCCUUGUUCCCCCGGGUGAGUGCCUGGACAGUGGCGCUGGCCGUGCUUCUCGUACUUCUGACCUUCAGCUUGAUGAUCACUGGUGUGUUCCUCCAGAGAUUUAGAAGAGCCCUAGAUGGAAUAGCUAAAGAACUUGAACAAAGAAAACUGGUCAUAAAGAAGUGUCUAAAGGAAGCUCAACGAUUUGCAGAAGACAUAAUUCUGGAUGAAGUCACUGCUCACCCUCAGCUCUUGGUGUUAGAUCGUGGGAAACGUGUUGAAUGUUUGCCAACAGCGCGAGCUCUUCCUGCAAACCGUAGAAGGUUUACUGUUCUCCGAGCUGUGCUGGGUCGGAACAGCUUCUUUACUGGGCACCAUUACUGGGAGGUGGACGUAGGAGGGAGUGAAACGUGGACAGUAGGACUGUGCUCAGAUUCGAUCAACAGGGAAACACACUUCAAGGAUGUUCAUCCUGAGAAUGGUUUUUGGAGCAUUAACAGGACUCAUGAUAAUUACCGGGCUCUUUCUCUACCCCGUUAUAAUUUUAAGGUUGCAGCACCUCUCUCGGUGGUGGGGAUUCUUUUGCAGUGUGAAGGAUCGAUCUCUUUCUAUGAUGUGAAGCAGCUUACUCUCCUCCAUACGUUCACAGGCAAGUUCAGUUUGCCCCUGAGGCCGUGUUUCAUGCCUGGGCUUCCCUCUCUAGGACAUUAUCCCAGCCUCGUCAUCUCCCCAGUGCCAACACCAGACGAAUCUGGUCCUCCUUAG